AUGUCAACCACCAACUUCUGCUACACCCCCUUACCGCCCGACGGCCGCACCAUCCGCCGGCUUUCUAUCCUCCCCUCAGCGGACUUUUCAUCCACCAUACGCAUAACCCCGCAAGAAAUCUCGCUUGACAACGACCAGCUACCCCACGCGCUCUCGUAUGUCUGGGGCGACGGGACCGACACCGUCGCCAUAGAGCCCAGGGCGGACUCUCACAGUGCCUGCUUCCAAGUCCUCCACGUCACGCGCAACUGCGAGCAGGCCCUCCGACACGUGCGGCACGCGACAGAGACGAGAUAUCUCUGGGUGGACGCAAUAUGCAUUGACCAGCAGAACCUCGCCGAGAAGGGACAGCAGGUCGGGCUGAUGGCUGAGAUUUACCGCAAGGCUCGCGGGGUUAUUGCUUGGCUUGGG